AUGAAAAAUUGUAACAGUGAAACCAAGUUGAUUUACAGAACGUUGAGCGAUAAAUUUUUUGUCAUCAACAAACCUGUAAAAUGGACAUUAACGAGGAAAAAAACGGAACGAGCAGAGGAGGGGGGAGGGGGAUUGGGUCCAACUGGUACCCCCUCUCCCUUGUUAAGUAGGAAUAGUGACAAAACAAAAUCGGUGGAAGUAACAGAUUACCUAAAUGAGAAAUAUAGAAGUAACACAUACAGAAGGAAAAGCUUUCUUAACCACAUAAAGAACCUAAGUAACGCUGAAAAAAAUGCAUUCCUUUACACAAAUUCUGCCUUAUACCUCUACAACGAUUUCAAUUUCAAUCUGGGUGGAAAUUCCACAGAGAAUAACCAUAAAGAUAAAUUUGUGGAGAAAUAUUACGUAGAAUCCCUUCUAAAUUGUGAGACCAACGGUGAUGUGUACUACCCGUAUAAACUCCCUAUAUAUAUGAGUGGUCUUGUUAUAUGUUGUCGAGAUUUACUCAUUUACAAGAAAUUUUUGCAGAUGAUUAGGGAAAAUAAGCUAGUGCGAAAGUACAGGUGUUUGGUGCAUGACCCGUUCGUCUUUGUGGAGAACAACAAAGUGAGAUUUUCUCAAGAGGGAGGGUAUAACUAUCGAAAUCGCAGGGGUCUUAUUCCCCCUAUGGAGGAACCAUCAAACACUCACCCCUAUGGAUACACAAGGAAGAAUGAUGAAGAGAACAAAAUUGAUCCAAUAAAGGCUACCCAUUUUUUAAAAUCUCUACAAGCACAAAAGGAAGCGAGUGAUAUGUUCCCCUAUUACAAUUUUUUUGCGGACAAUCCUUAUUCUUCCAGUUACUGCUAUCGGUUGGGCGACUUAACCAUCGAUGAAUGGAAAAGGAGAGUAAAUUCCACAAAGUGCAGUAUAAAAAAAGAGGGGGACAGCAAACAUAAAUGUAAAACACCUCACAGAGGGGGAAGAGUGACAGCAAGGGAUGAAAAGACCCUAAAUUUUGACAACUUUAUUUCUGCCUUCUUGAAGAGAAGUCGCCCAGUGAAAUGUCUCAAUCGUGUUUUGUUCAGCCUUCUCCAUAGCGAUGAAAAAACGAUGAGUGAAAGUGACGAAUACGACUUAGGGCGCGAGAAUGAACCCGGAGUGAAUCUCCCCGUUGGCAAGAGGGAGCAGGAGAAAGAUAAACAUGGUGGCUCAUUUGUGAACCGAACAAAUGGUAGGCAUUUCCAUUACGAUGUACAGAUUCCAAACGAAUGUUUGUCCAAAGAUGGGAAGAUAAAAUUCCCCUUAUCUCUAUACUUCAACGAAGGAAAUUUUUUCACCUUUGACAAGAAGUUGGAAAACAACUCCGUGCCUAUCUCUAUGAUUUACAGAAUGGAGAAUUAUAGGGAUUACUUGAAAAGGAAUUCAAAAACGUUGUUUAAAAAGGAGAAUGUAAAUUUAUUCUUGGAUAAAAAUUGCAACGUUUUUAUUAUCGAAUUUGUCUUUCUGGACAACCCCAAGCCUGACUUCAUCAGAUUCUUCUUUAGCGAACUGAACACACCCAUAAUUAAUGAUAGUAUAUUUGACAGGAAUUCUUUCAAACGGGAUGCUAUUGGUGAAGUGCUUUUGGUGCAUCCAGAGGAUAGCCACGCAGAUUCCUCUCCACGUGUGGGAGGUUCUCCGUUCUUUGAUGUAGAUACCAAUAUGGACAUUGUAGUGGAACAAGUGGAUGGAGUAGAAUCUAAUACGUACCAUUUCGAAAAGCGCGAUAGGAAAAUUAAGGAGUAUUUGCUUAAAGCGAGGGACCCCGACGUUAACGCUUUCACCAUCCCUGGAGUGGGGGUAACUUCGCAAGCCUCCGAGCAGAAAGUACAAAAAAUAAAUCCAAGUAAUUUCAUCAUACAGGAGAUGCAUCCAAGUGGUAGACACGACAACGGGGGGCAUACCUACCCACAUAAAAGCGGCGAAAAAAUGAAUAUUUCCAGUGGAAACACAAAUCUGUGUCUGGAAUUAUUUGAGCUGCAGUUUUUGGAUCCAAUUAACGGGGAUCAUGUGAAGAUAGAAAAUUCCCUUCCCAGGGCGUGGCUUUAA